CCCCAAUUUACUUAUUUUGGACGAGCCUACAAAUCAUUUAGAUAUGGAAACGAUAGCCGCUCUCUCCCAAGCCUUAAACACAUAUACCGGCGGAGUUGUACUCGUCACGCACGACGAACGCCUGAUUGGAGCUGUUUGUCGGGAGCUUUGGGUUUGUACCAGGGUGCCCUCGGUGGUGAAGGCUGCCAUAUCAUUAAUCGGGACCCAAGUUCCCCAGCCAACCGAGUCCACUGCCAGUCGAGUCUUCUCAAUGGCAGGCGGCUUGGCUGAGUACAAAAUGCUUGUACAUAAAGAAUUGCAGGCGUCUAUGGCAACUUUGUAA